ACAAAUCACGAACCCUCUAUUCCCGCCAGCAAGCCGGCGAUCAUUGGAUCCUCGACAUCGAUCCCCCGUCGUCUAGGCGGGAACCCAUUGUGACUCCUCUGUGCGGCGCAGAAAACCCCUGGGUCCCGGCCCCACCCCGUCGUGGAGGUGCCCGGGGGCGUCGACAGAGCUUGGCCGGGCGGAAGCCUUGAGCUUCUGAAUAUCCCUUACCCCGAGCCUGCGUCCGCUGCUGUUCAGGGUGAUGUUGUUACAGCACGCACGCAGAAAGACCACUGCACCCUUCUUCUAGCUCUACAGUACCAGUCUGCGUCGUGUAGGCAUGGCCAUCUCCAGCUUCAUCCAGAGGGUGUCUUCCACGUCAAGGAAGUCGCGUCGAGCCGGAAGAUGUCUCACAUCCCUGUCCGCACACGGGUCGUUGAGCACAUGGCGGCGCAUUCAAGUUGAGCAUACGGGACAAGACAUGCUCAAAAGAUGGACAUUGUCGUGGGGCACGGAAUCCGACUCUCGGAGCUCUACCUCGGCUUUCGUCGCCUCUGAAGCUGGUACUACUGACUUCUCCGCCGCCCCGCGAUCCACCUGCAGCCGCCCUAAGAAAUCCCGUUAUUGGCGCCUAUCUCCAGUGACGGGGCUUACGGGGUCGUUUCUGGUGUCACCGUCAUGCGCCGCUGCUAUCGCCAGGGCAGCAGCUGCUAGCGAUUUUGGAGCUAAUGCGCUGCUCUCCCCCUCAUCUUCAACUCUGCCUCUGCCUGACACUUUACCCUUUGCACCAUCUUCCUCCUCCCGCUUUUCUCACAUUCAGGGUCCUGUCUCUCGAUACGCUGCUGCUUUUGGCCAUCCGCGCAGCUCCAUCAGGACAUAUUCCAGUUUAGCUUCUCCCAGAGCCGCAACAAGGGAGCCUGAAGCAGCAAUGGCCUCCAAGAUCGACGGCACCGCGCUGGCCAAGCGCAUCCGCGACGGUCUCCGCGCUACCAUCGAGGAGACCAAGAAGACCAACCCGCGCUUCCGCCCCUGCCUCAAGAUCAUCCAAGUUGGUGAUCGAUCCGAUUCCUCUACCUAUGUGCGCAUGAAGUUGAAGGCUGCUGAGGAGUGCGGUAUCGAGGCUGAGCUGAUCAAGUUCGACGAGAAUGCCACCGAGGCCGAGCUUGUUGCCAAGGUGGUGCAGCUCAACAACGACUCGACCGUUCAUGGCAUGCUCGUCCAGUUGCCCCUCCCUAAGCACAUUUCCGAGUAUGCUGUCACAUCGGCCGUUGCCGACGAGAAGGAUGUCGACGGUUUCGGCACCCUCAACAUCGGCGAGCUUGCCAAGCGCGGCGGCCACCCUUAUUUCAUCCCUUGCACCCCCAAGGGUGUCAUGGCCCUUCUUGCCGAGGCUGGUGUUGAGCUCAAGGGAAAGAACGCGGUUGUCCUCGGUCGUAGCGAUAUCGUGGGCAGCCCUGUCAGCUACCUCCUCAAGAACGCCGACGCUACCGUCACCGUCUGCCAUUCCAAGACCGCCGAUCUCCAGCAGUACCUCAAGGAGGCCGACGUUGUUGUUGCUGCCAUCGGCCAGCCUAACUUUGUCAAGGGCGAGUGGCUCAAGAAGGGUGCCGUUGUCAUUGAUGUCGGUACCAACUACGUUCCCGACGAUACAAAGAAGUCUGGCGUCCGCCUGGUUGGUGACGUCGAGUUCGAGUCGGCCUCCCAGGUCGCUUCCGCCAUAACUCCUGUUCCCGGCGGUGUCGGUCCCAUGACGGUUGCUAUGCUUUUGCAAAACGUUGUUGACGCCACUAGUUCCUACUUCGAGAACCAGAAGAAGAGGGGAUCCAUUCCUCUCCCCCUAAAGCUGGCGGAGCCCGUUCCUUCCGAUAUCGAUAUUUCCAGGGCUCAGGUUCCCAAGCCCAUCACCCAAAUUGCCACCGAGAUCGGUCUUGCGCCCUCCGAGCUCGAGCCCUAUGGUGCUUACAAGGCCAAGGUUGACCUCAGCAUCCUUAAGCGCCUUGAGCACCGCCGUAACGGUCGCUAUGUCGUUGUUACUGGUAUUACCCCCACUCCUCUCGGCGAGGGUAAGUCCACCACCACUAUGGGCCUGGCUCAGGCUCUUGGUGCUCACGUUGGUCGUUUGACUUUCGCCAACGUCCGCCAGCCCAGCCAGGGUCCUACUUUCGGCAUCAAGGGUGGUGCUGCUGGUGGUGGUUACAGCCAGGUCAUCCCCAUGGAUGAGUUCAACCUUCACUUGACUGGUGAUAUCCAUGCCAUCACCGCCGCCAACAACCUUCUCGCUGCCGCUAUCGAUACCCGCAUGUUCCAUGAGAACACCCAGAAGGACGGUCCUCUUUACAAACGUCUAGUCCCUGCCAAAAACGGAAAGAGGGAGUUCCCUCCCAUCAUGUUCCGCCGCUUGAAGAAGCUUGGCAUUGAGAAGACGAACCCCGAUGAUCUCACCGAGGAGGAGAUUAGCCGCUUUGCUCGUCUCGAUAUUGACCCCGAGACCAUUACCUGGAGACGUGUUCUGGAUGUAAACGACCGUCAUCUGCGCGGUAUCGUUAUCGGCAAUGCUCCCACCGAGAAGGGCCACAAGCGUGAUACUGGCUUCGACAUUUCUGUUGCCAGUGAAUGCAUGGCUAUUCUGGCCCUCAGCACUAGUCUUGCUGACAUGCGUGAGCGUCUCGGCAGAAUGGUUGUUGCCAGCUCCAAGAGCGGCGACCCUGUCACUGCUGACGACCUUGGUGUUGGCGGUGCCCUGACUGUCUUGAUGAGGGAUGCCAUCAAGCCAAACCUCAUGCAGACCUUGGAGGGCACUCCAGUCUUCGUUCACGCCGGUCCUUUCGCCAACAUUAGUAUUGGUAACAGCUCGAUCCUGGCCGACAAGAUGGCCCUCAAGCUUGCCGGUACGGAGCCCGAUGAGGAUUACGCUACCAAGUCUGGUUUUGUCGUUACUGAAGCCGGUUUCGACUUCACCAUGGGUGGCGAGCGUUUCUUCAACAUCAAGUGCCGCACCUCCGGCCUCAUGCCUGACGUUGUUGUUGUUGUCGCUACUAUCCGUGCCCUCAAAGUUCAUGGUGGUGGUCCCCCGAUCUCGCCCGGUGCGCCGCUCAACCCUGUGUACAAGGAGGAGAAUGUUGAGAUCCUGCGCGCUGGUUGCGUCAACCUCGCCAAGCACAUUCAGAACGCCCGUUCGUAUGGUGUCCCUGUCGUCGUUGCCAUCAACAAGUUCUCGACUGAUACCCAGGCCGAGAUUGACGUUGUUCGCGAGGAGGCCAUCAGGGCCGGUGCCGAGGACGCCGUGCUCGCCAACCAUUGGGCCGAGGGUGGUAAGGGUGCUGUUGACCUCGCUCAGGCCGUCAUUUCUGCUAGCGAGAAGUCUACCCCUGAGACUCAGAAGCUUCUAUAUGAGGUUGAGGGCAACACCGUCCAGGAGCGUAUCGAGAAGAUCGCUCGUGAGAUGUACGGUGCCGCCAGCGUCGAGUUCAGCGAGCUCGCCCAGAAGAAGGUCGAUACCUAUACUCGCCAGGGAUUCGGCAACCUGCCCAUCUGCAUCGCCAAGACCCAAUACUCACUCAGCCACGACCCCGAGCUUAAGGGUGCCCCCACCGGCUUCACCGUCCCCAUCAGAGAUGUCCGUAUGGCCGCUGGCGCCGGGUAUCUCUACGCUUUGGCUGCCGAUAUCCAGACUAUUCCUGGUCUGCCUACGGCUCCUGGUUACUUUAAUGUGGACGUGGAUACCGAGACUGGUGAGAUCCAGGGUCUGUUCUAGAAGAUUUGAGUUUAGUUGAAAGCUGGUUGUUUCGCCUUGCAGCCAUUUCUUGUCGGUUUCGCUCUAGAUAUAUUCGUCCUUUGCCUGGGUACAUGAGUUUGGUGUUGCGGUUUGGGUAUAUAAUGCAUUCACGAUCAACUCAAGGGUGCGGUAGAACCGGUUUUGGAGUAUGUGUACGCCGGUAGUCUCUAUUCUUGUCUUUUAACAACACAUACGGAAUGGCGGCGCCACGGUGUACGGAUUCAAAAAGAAGAAAGGGGCGAGCCAAAAAAGAUGGGGGCAUCGUCGUGCGUAU